AUUACAAAUACUACAGAAGGUCUGCAAGCAGUUAAUAUGCAUUGCUCACACUCACUGUUGCUCCAAGUUUGAUAGAUAUGGGGUUCGACUUCUUCCCCAUUUGACUGCUCAUGCUAAAGCCUAUCUUGGAGACUUUGCGGGGUGCUGGUGGGUCUGCUGAGGACUCUUCCUCAUCUUCAGGUGGCGGUACUGCACCUAAAAGCUGUUUGCCACCCAUUAAACAAAAGAAGAAGCAGAAGAAGAAGAAGCAGAAGAAGACAGCAAGCUAACAGCAAGCUAACAUGGCCCUUAAAAGCUUGGCGUUAAACAAUGUACCAGUCAAGAUGGGGCAGACCCUGUGCAUAUGCUCCCGUGGCUCCAUCACCAUUGAUAACAAAAAAUAUUACUUUGUUCAGAAACUAGACGAAGGUGGGUUCAGUUAUGUUGAUCUGGUAGAGGGGGUAAAGGAUGGGCGCUUCUAUGCCCUGAAGAGGAUCCUGUGCCAUGACCGUGAAGGCCGUCAGGAGGCUCAGACUGAGGUGGAGAUGCAUCAGGUGUUUAAUCACCCCAACGUCUUGAGCCUGGUUGCACACACCUUUGUUGAUCGUGGAGGCAAGACUGAAGCCUGGUUACUCCUGCCUUAUAUUAGAAAAGGCAGUCUGUGGACUGUUCUGGAGAAGCUAAGAGACAAGGGGAGCUCAAUGCCUGAAAAGCAGAUUUUGCAAAUCUUGCGUGGCAUAUGCUCUGGACUCAAGGCCAUUCAUGAAAAAGGCUAUGCACACAGAGACCUGAAGCCCACAAAUGUGCUCCUGGAUGAGGAUGACAGGCCAGUUCUGAUGGACCUGGGCUCUAUGAACCGUGCCAGGAUUGAGGUUAGAGGAACCAGAGAAGCCAUGACCAUACAGGACUGGGCAGCCCAGCGGUGCACCAUUUCCUACAGGGCUCCUGAACUCUUCAAUGUAGAGAGCCACUGCAUUAUAGAUGAGCGCACUGAUAUCUGGUCACUUGGCUGUGUGCUUUACAGCAUGAUGAUGUUAGAGGGGCCGUAUGACAUGGUAUUUCAGAGGGGGGACAGUGUUGCCCUGGCUGUCCAGAAUCCAGUGGCCAUCCCACUGUCUUGCAGUUACUCUGAGGGCCUGCAGAUGCUCCUCAGCUCCAUAAUGGUGUCGAAUCCCCAGGAGAGACCAAACAUCAACUGGGUUCUUGACCAGGUACAGGACCUGCAGAGUCGCAGCCCCAACAUCCAAACCAAUAUGGUCUGAUCUUGCACGGUGCACUGGGUGUGGGGUCUUGGAGACCUUUGCACACAUAAAUUAAUUUUCUUAUUUUGAGCUAUUUCUUUUAUUUAUUGACUUUAGUGUAAAGCCUAGGUACAAACUUUCACUCAGCUUGGAGAGCUUGGCAACAGUAUCAGCUUUUUUCUUGAAUGAAUGAAAUUAUUCUUCUAGUCCUUAAAAACUUACCAAACAAUAUGAAGAAUCUGAAAGGUAAAUUGAAAAAUGUAAUUUGACCCUGCAAUGUGAUGCUUUUGGCAACAGUCAAAUGUUGUUUCUAAUAAUUAAGUGGCUUUAUCUUGUAAUCUUAAAGGGAUAGUUCAACAUUUUGAAAAAUAUGCUUAUUCGCUUUGCCAAACUUUCCGGUGGAUGAAAGCUACCUGAGUUCAAUACAUAUCAGAUUGCAUUCCCUACCAAGAAGGAAUAUGGUCCAAUUCCCUUCAUUUUUUAUCUUUUUCCUAAGUUUUGUGUGUGGUUACACAUGUGUGCUGUAAUCCUCAAUAUACAACAUAGCCUUCAGCUUUUCUCCACACCUUCCCUCACACUGUUUGUCUCUUCUGGGGAAAAAUUAAGAGGCAGAGUGCUCCUCACCUGCAAUGCUGCAUUUGAACACACAGAGGUGCUCCACCAUCACAGUCCCCUUCUCCACAAAUUGACAUGGAGAUUGACCAUGUUUCUGUCUGUACAGUUGAUAAUGUGUGAAUGGACUCUUUGUAAAACACAGCAAAGAGUAUCUGCUUAAACAAAAAGAAAGAAAUCUUCAAGGAGAAGGGAUCAGGUGUUACUGUUCUACACCUAACAGUAGGUAAUUAACUUUUAAUCAGUUGAAGGAGUGACUUAGAAAUAUUUUUAACUGUAAGUAAAAGUCAUUGUCAUAUCUGCCAUUGCAGUUUAACCUUUUCUUUCUUUUUUUUUACUUCACUUUUCUCUGUAUUGUGUUUUUAAACUGAAUUUUCCAUUUCAGCUACGCCUGUGUUUAAUUCUGGAUUUCCUGUCGUGCGAAUGUGGUCUCACACUUUUGUUCUCUCAGGGUUCACCCACAUCUCAAAGGGUCUGACAGUAUAAAGUAGUAGACCUAAAUGGUACCUUUAAAACUAUAAUUAGAUAAAAUAAUACUUGGGCAUUUGAGUUAAGAUGAAUGCUUUUGUGACUCUGUAAUGCAGUGAUAUUGGACCAUAUUAGAACAAAAAAGAUUCCUUGAUAGGUAACUUCAUACAGUUCAUUGUUGGAAUGGUAAUUCACAUACUGUUUAAAUAUAUUAUCUUUUUAAUGCUAAGUUUGGAUAUGUCAAAUGACUAUGACUCUUUGUGUGGUUGUUAAUGGAGAAUUGAUACUGGUAUCACGCCGCUGGUAAACUAAGGACAUUUUUAAAGUGUACUGGUGAAGUUCACGUAUAAUAAUAUGUAAGAGUGUGUUAUUUGAUUAUGGAAAAUUCUGUUGAAAUUAUGUUUCAUCUCUUAUUUACUGCACAGUAAAGGAUAUAUAAAUAAUACAUAUGUAGCAGUCUGUAUACAAUUUUUAAUACAACUGUGAAAUAAAAGGCAUCCUACAUUAA